AUGAAUACGAAGCAAAAACUUGAGACGGAACCCGCAAACAUUAACAAAAUCACAUUACCAACCGACUGUCUCAUUGAAAUAUUACCCUGUUUAGUUGAUGACAAAACCACGUUAUUUUCUGCGUCGCUAGUAAAUCGAGCUUGGUGUCGAAUUGCUAUCCCACUCCUAUGGUCAACUAUUAACGUUAAUUCAAACAAAACCAGCCUAAUUAAGACUUUUCUUAAAUGUAUGAAUGAUAAUGAACGUGAAGCGAUAAUUGAAUAUUCGGAGCCAUCUUAUCCACGCCCACUUUUCUUGUACACUUCGUAUAUUAAAGAACUUGAUUGGAAUACGAUAGAUGAUCUUUUUGUUGAAUAUGAGAAGGGAAACAUUAGGGAAUCUAAUGACAGUGAGAAAUCACUUUGGAAAAGCAUAUUACAAAUAACAGAUGAAAGAGAGAAACAAAAAAUCAUUACAGACUUUAUGGUGCAAAUAUGUACACUUAUUUUCAGAACCGCCACUAGCUUGGAAAAAUUUGUGAUUGACAUAGAUAGAACGCCAUUCACUAUACUACCAUUUGCUAAGUUUCCUAAUGCCUCUGUUGCUUUCUCAAAAUUGAAAGAAGUUCAACUGAUAGGAUUUAGAGGUGUCAUGUGUCAUUCUUCACUAUACAUUCGAGAUUCAGUACAUCUGAUGAAAUCGGUAUCGUCUAAUAUUAGAUUUUUAGCAGUUCAUUUAUCUAUAUAUCAAUAUAAUACAUAUGAUAGAGAUGCUCUUUGCGACCUGAUUAAAGCACAAAAUCAGCUAGAGCAUGUUAUUCUUACUGGCAUGUGCGAUGAUCACCGUUCCAUUAUUCACGCUCUACACACCCAAGCAAAGUGUUUAGCUUGUCUUGAAUUCAAAACUGCGUAUAUUUCAAAUUGGACAACAUUUUUACUAAACAACCUUGGCAUUUUUACGAAACUAGAGGCACUAGCAUUCAAGAAUUGUUAUCUAACACCUAAUGCGCUUAUUGGUCAAUUGACAUCUCAACCUCCGAGCUGUCUACGCAAGUUAUAUAUUGGUAAUGAUGAAAAAUUUCUAGUAUUGCUAGAAAUUGCGGGAAGAAAUUUAGAAGAUUUAAUUAUCGUGGAAGAUUGCACUGAAGCAGCAUACAGAGCUAUAGGAAAACACUGCACAAAUCUUUUAUCUUUGCAAACAAACCCUACUAAGUCUAGCAAUCCAUCAUUACUUGAAGUGAUCACUAAAUUACCAAACCUGAAGCACCUUUCCAUUACAAACCUAUAUAGAAUUAAAGAAAUAUUUUCUGAUGAAUUUUGGACAGAAUUAUCACAAAAAUCAAGCGCCAAUCUUUGCUCAUUGUAUUUCAAUUGUUUAGAAGCAACUCCACGAGCAUUAGCAAGUUUCCUCUCGAAUCGCACCAAACUGAUAAAAGUUCUUGAAUUUGGUGGACAGGUGCAACUUACUGACGAACAUUUACUCGCUAUUCUUAAUUACUGCCAAGAGAGACAAGUUUUUGUAAAGAUUUAUUCACAGGCUUUUAAGCGAAUGGGAGAAUUCGAUUCGUAUUUGAUUGAGCAACUUAAAGAAUGGGUCAGACUUGUGCCGAACAAGAGAUUCGAUAGGUAUUCCCCUUUUAUGGGAAUCCGUGAAAAUAUUCUUGAAGCCACAAUUUCGUGUAUGUAG